CCGCAGCCCCUGGUGUUGGCGCCGCACGACUUCGCCAACAUUAAGGCCUCCGUGAAGGUGGCGUCCACUGAGAACGGCAUCAUUUUCGGGAACAUCGUGUACGACAUAUCGGGCUCGACCUCCGACCGCAAUGUAGUGGUGCUGAACGACAUCCACAUAGACAUCAUGGAUUACAUAAUCCCCGCCUCUUGUAAUGACUCGCAGUUCAGGCAAAUGUGGGCUGAGUUCGAGUGGGAGAACAAAGUGACGGUCAAUACGGGGCUGACAGACCUCCAGGACUACCUGAAUCACUUGAUUCAGUCGACAAACAUGAAGUGUCUGACCCCACAGAAAGCCCUGUCCGGCGACUGCGGCUUUUUGGCGGCCAAUCUCUACGCGAAGUCCAUCUUCGGUGAGGACGCGUUGGCCAACGUGUCCAUCGAGAAGGCGUCCCCCGAGGCGUCCGUCAGCGGACACAUCAGGAUUCGCGCUAAGAGUCAGGGAAUGGCACUGAGUUUGGGCGAUAAGGUGAACGCCUCCCAAAAGGCCGCCAAACCAUCGUAAGGCUGUGUACGGGAUGUCGUCCUAACAUUUAUACGACUUUUU